AUGAGCACUGCUCUGAAGAAAAAAGUAUGGGAGAAGGUGGCGUUCGAGCUUGAGGCCCAGUUUCCGUCAAAACCAAAGAGAAAAGCAUCACCGCAAUCUGAUGCACGAUCCAAGAACAAGAGGACAGGUGGAGGUCCACUUCUGUCAGAGCUCACCAUAGAGGCCCAAAAAGUUUUGGAUACGGUGGAUGGAGCUCUGGCUGUCCAUCUCCAGAAUCCAAAUGAUGAAGAUAUGUUGACUUGCCGCACCCUGCUGCGAGUCCUUGAAAAGUUGCGAAAAAGGAGCCGCCAGAAAUUCCAGAUGGGAUAUGGCACCUGCCAGAGCUGAGCAGCAAUAGAAUGCC